AUGGGGUCUCUAUUGGGUGUCUAUGGAGUUCUAUGGGGUCUCUAUGGGGCCUCUGUGUGGCUCUGAGGGGUUCUAUGGGGUUCUAUGGGGCUCUAUGGGUUCUAUGGGGUUCUAUGGGUUUUGGGGCGGCCCACGGGGAGACCCUAAAAGCGACGGCCGCCGGGUCGGCUCUGCUGCGCUGUGACUCCGCCCUCCGCGGUUCCCCCCCGGCGUUUCUCCCCCCCCGGUUACGUUGGACGCGGGUGGGCGCGGCCGAGGAGGCGCCGCCCCUUCUCCUAUUGGCUGUGGGCCGAGGGGGCGGGGCCUUGGGGCUUGGGAAGGGCGGGGCUUUGGUGUUGCCCCGCCUCCGCCUCAGCCAAUCGGGGCCGUACGUGUGCCAGAUGGGCGGGGCCGUGAGCACGACGCUGGUGAACGUGGAGGGGAGCAAAAAGCUCUUCCUGGCUGCCCCCAUUGGCUCCAAUGUGACCCUGCAAUGCCCCGUGGCCACGCCCCCCGCCAAGGCCACGCCCACUCGCAAGGCCACGCCCCCCGCGCGGUGGUUCCAUUGGGGGCACCGCAUUCACCGGGGGGCGUGGCCGGAAGGGGCGGAGCUUAAAUUGGGACCAAUGGGUGAAAAUCACGUGGGUCGUUACGAUUGCGCCAUUGGAGAACGUUCCGGAACCGUUCACGUGGUGUUAGGAGAGGCUCAGUCGCUUCGGGCCCCCCCGGGUGCGUCGUUGGAGGUCCCGUGCCGCCCCCCCCCCCCAAAAAAGCAACCGGAAACGGCUCGGCCCACCCUCCUCCUCCUCUCCCCCCCCCCUCCCCCAUCUCAGGUCACGUGGUUCCGGGGAGGGUAUUCGGGCCGCACUUCCGGUCCGCCCAUCUUAAAAGGUUGGGCGGCUCCCGGGGGGGGUUUGGGCCCAAUGGGGGCGCUGUUCCUAUGGGGGCUGCGGCGCUCCCAAAGUGGGCGGUACCGCUGCGAGUGGGCGGGGCUACGAGGCCACGCCCCCAACGCGAGCCACGCCUCCGAUCUAAGCCACGCCCCCGGCUUAAGCCACGCCCGCGAUCUAAGCCCCGCCCACGAUCUAAGCCACGCCCGCGGUUUAAGCCCCGCCCCCAAAGGCUGGGAUUUCCCCUCCCCCCUCCCUCCCCUAAAAGGGGACCCCAUCUUUUAUGGGGCGGGGGUUUGGGGGGACUCCAAUAUGGGGGAUUUUGAUGGAGGGGGGGGGGGGGUUGGAGGAGGAGGAGGAGGAGGAGGAGAAAAAGGCCGGGGGGGGCAGCGGGGGGGCUGAGGAGGUGGAGCUGGAAGUGAUGGAGACCCAC